CGCUUCGUCUUGCGUUUUCAAUUUUCUCUUUUUACAUUGACAAAAUCACAAAAAAGAACGCACCUUGCAUUCAUUCUUUCUCUACAAUGGCGGAUGCUAAGACAAAGUUCGAAUCUUUUAGGGAAUGGAUUGUUGAACACAAGCUUAGAACCGUUGGGUGUUUAUGGCUUAGUGGGAUCACGGGCUCUAUCGCUUACAAUUGGACUCAGCCCAAUAUGAAAACCAGCGUCAAGAUCAUUCAUGCUAGGUUGCAUGCUCAGGCUCUUACUCUGGCUGCAUUAGCCGGUGCUGCGGUGGUUGAAUACUAUGACCACAAAUCUGGACAGAAGGCUGAGCGAUAUGCGAAGUUCCUCCCAGCUGAUGCCUACUCACACAAGGACUAAAUAAAUAACCUUUUGUUUGGCGCCUACUCAUUCAAGGACUAAGUAGCCAUUCGUUCAGCAUAUACUUAAACAAAUUAUUGCUAAGCAUACAUUGAAUGGAUAGUUGCAGGAGUUUUUUUGUUGGAGAGGAUUACAUUGCUACUUCAAUACAUUUUUUUUUUCGGUGGUUGUAUUGGUUGUUGAACAUAUCAAAAGCAGUACUGAUAUUUAUUACUCAAAUUGAUCAACAUCAAGUGUGUGAGAAAGAUCAUAGAAAAUAAUGUAUUUUCUCAAUGUUACAUUGCAUAAUCAGUAAUAUGCUUAUUUCAGUUAAAUAAAAUUACAUAUUGUGGCA